AUAGCCCCAGGCCCCCAAGCACUGCUUCGAAAGCGUAUUUUCAUGGCAGCUAUUUCUCAGUAUUAUCCGCCUUUUUUUGCCUUUCAUUUUCGUCUUUUCCAUCCAAAACUGGCCUGAAACGCCCGCACAUGCUUCACAGAUAGAUAGAUAGAACACACAACCGAAGCAGAUCAAUCCAUCAAUCUGUACAAUUUAUAUGUGUAAAUCACACCCUUUCACAUCUUCAAUCUCAAGGCCAAGUGUUUUUCUGAAUCACUUCGCUUCUAUUUUCUGCUUUAUUUGCUGUUGAAGUUUUUCUGGGCGAGAAUGUUGUCGAGGUCGUGUUUCAAUCUGUUGAAUCUCGAAGACUACAGUGUUGUUGAUCGAGCUAGAAUACCGAGCGUCGUGAGUGUUCCGGGAAUAAUCUCGGACUUUUCCGGAUCGUCAGAUGGGCAGGAAGGAAGGAGGAUUGAGAACAGCAAUGGCGGUGAAGAUCGGGUGAAGAAGGAGAAGAGGAGGGUGAUUAUUGUGGCGAACUAUCUGCCUUUGAAGGGGCACCGAGAUGGUAAGACUCAAAAUUGGGUGUUUGAGUGGGAUAAGUAUGCUUUAGACGCUUUGAUUUUGCAGAUGAAAGACGGUCUGGAUCCAGAUGUGGAAGUCAUCUACGUCGGGAGCCUCAGGACGGCGGAGGUGGAGGAGAUGGAGCCACGUCAGCAAGAGGAAGUGGCCCAAAUGCUUCUCGACACGUUCAACUGUAUGCCCACUUUCUUGCCUGUGGAUUUAAGGGAUAAGUACUACCAUGGCUUUUGCAAACACUAUCUCUGGCCUUUAUUUCAUUACCUCUUACCUUUGACACCAAGUCAUGGUAUGAGGUUCAAUAGGGACUUAUGGCAGGCCUAUGUAUCAGCAAACAAGAUUUUUGCUGAGAAGGUCGUGGAGGUCAUCAACCCACGCGAGGAUUAUGUCUGGGUUCAAGAUUAUCACCUCAUGGUCAUGCCCACUAUUUUGAGAAAAAUGUAUCCUAGGGUAAAACUAGGUUUCUUCUUGCAUAACACCUUCCCUUCCUCUGAGAUUUACAGAACAUUGCCUGUGAGGGAUGAGAUCUUGAAAGGCCUUUUGAACUGCGAUCUUGUCGGGUUCCAAACGUUUGACUAUGCCCGGCAUUUCUUGAGUUGUUGUAGUAGGAUGCUAGGUUUGGAUUACCAGUCAAAGCGGGGAUACAUCGGGAUUGACUAUUAUGGUAGAACUGUGAAUAUUAAGAUCCUCCCUGUGGGCAUUCAUACAGCUCAGCUUCAAUAUGUUAUGUCUCUAGAGGAAACCGGAAGGAAGGCUAAGGAAUUAAAGGAUAAGUAUGAGGGGAAAAUCGUUAUGUUGGGCAUUGAUGAUAUGGAUGUAUUUAAAGGCAUCAGUUUGAAGUUUUUGGCAAUGGGGGAACUUCUUGACAUUAAGCCGGACAUAAGAGGGAAAGUGGUCUUGAUUCAGAUCAUGAACCCUCCAAGGAGCAUUGGGAAUGAUAUCCAAGAGGUCCAGAAUGAGAUAGAAGGAAUCGCGAUGGAUGUUAAUAGAAGGUAUGGUACGCCAGGGUACCAGCCCAUUGUUUGUAUCAAUGGUCCGGUUUCUACCCAAGAAAAGAUUGCCCAUUACGCAAUAUCAGAGUGUGUUGUAGUUAACGCAGUUAGGGACGGUCUGAACUUAGUGCCUUAUGAAUACACUGUUUCCAGGCAGGGCUGCCCGGAUUUGGAUAAGGCCUUGUGUGGGGAUGAUGGGCUUAUGAUUUCAAGAAAAAGUGUCAUCAUUGCUUCUGAGUUCAUCGGAUGCUCACCUUCUCUGAGUGGGGCAAUCAGGAUAAACCCAUGGAACAUCGAGAGUGUAGCUGAAGCAAUGUAUUCGGCUGUUCAGAUGCCCGAUGCAGAGAAAGAAGUGCGCCAUGAGAAGCAUUACAAGUACGUUUCAUCCCAUGAUGUCGCGUAUUGGGCUAAGAGUUUUGAUCAGGACCUUCAGAGAGCUUGUGCGGAUCAUUUCCUGAAGAGGUGCUGGGGGAUAGGGUUGGGUCUCGGAUACCGGGUUGUUUCCUUGGCCCCAAAUUUCCGGAGACUUACGGUGGAACAUAUUUGCUCUACUUACCACACUGCGACGCACAGGCUUAUCCUUCUGGACUAUGAUGGUACUGUGAUGCCUCAGGACAAAGUGGACAAAACUCCAGAAGAAGAAGUGAUUUCAUUAUUGAAUAAUUUGUGUAGUGACCCCAAGAACAUUGUGUUUAUUGUGAGUGGCCGAGGAAGACAUUCAUUGGAGAAGUGGUUCUCCCCUUGCCCAAAACUUGGUCUCUCGGCAGAACACGGCUACUUUACUAGAUGGACUAAAGACUCCCAGUGGGAAUCUCGGGCACCGGUAGCACCUGAUCUGAGCUGGAAAAGUGUGGUGUUGCCCGUGAUGGAACAUUACACCGAGGCCACAGACGGUUCGUGUAUAGAGCAGAAGGAAACUGCAAUAGUGUGGCAUCAUCAGGAAGCUGACCCGGACUUCGGAACAUGGCAAUCACAAGAACUCCUGGACCAUUUGGAAAAUGUUCUUGCUAAUGAGCCUGUGGUGGUUAAGAGAGGCCAGCAAAUAGUUGAGGUUAAACCUCAGGAUAUAAGCAAAGGGUUAGUUGUUAAGGAUAUCAUGGCUACACUGAAAAGCAAGGGGAAGACACCCGAUUUUGUGUUAUGCAUUGGUGAUGACAGAUCAGAUGAAGAUAUGUUUGAGAGUAUUGCAUGUUCUGUAGCUGACCAUUCAUUGCCUGAGAUGGCGAAGGUGUUUGCUUGCACCGUUGGCCAGAAGCCAAGCAUGGCUAAAUAUUACCUUGACGACACCGUCGAUGUCCUCAAAAUGCUUCAUGGACUCGCUGCAGUGGGAACACCUCACAAGUAUCCCAAUUGCGCAAUAGCUCUAUGCUUCCAAGGGCAAUACUGAAACUGCAAAGCUAAAAACUAAUCAAUAGCUAAAAAAUACAACAUUGUACAUGAAGAAAUGAAUGCUGAGUUGACAAAUCUAUUAUAUUUAAUCCGAGUUUAGUCCAACCUCAUCUUACAACUUAGUGGAGUUGCUAAUUAUCUUCUUUAGCCUACCCCCCUGUGCAUCGUUAGAGGCUCUUGGUAUAGGUUUAAGAGACUAGUGUUACAGUUCAUUUUUGGUUAAUCUUUAUACAUGCGCCUUUCAUUCUCAUGUCCAUUUGUACUGCCUUUUACGUGUUGUUCCAUCAGUGUUCCUAAAAUACAGUUUCAGGUUGAUCAUGAAUUUUAGGGAAUUGUAAUAAGGUUUUGUUGCCCUGGAAAGUUUUUAAUCUUACCGCACUAGGACUACACA